CUUCAACGUCGACGAUGUCGACGAACCAGGACGACUGGGCUGCCCUCCUCAGCGAUCACCCGAUAUUCGACGUCCCAAAGACAUAUAAAGAUAGCUCAGAAGACGCACUUGAGCUCUCUACCAAUUCAUUGAAGAGACGCCAGGCAAUGGCACUCAAGGACGCAGACCUCAUCGUUGCAGUUCACACAGAACUAAGGAUGACUUCGUUAGGAGACACGAAGCUGGGGAAGUCCAUCAAGUCGUAUAAGGUCCUACACACUCCCAAUAUCCAAUUUGAGAUCCACCAAAUCAUUACAAACCCAGGCGGUAAACUGCUCGCCGUUGCGGGCGCUUACCAAGUCGCGGUUGUCGUUCUUCCCCGCCCAGGUUACUCUAAGCUUGUCUCCUCAACGGUCGACUGCAAGUCUGUACAAGUGGGCCAGUUCUAUCACGCAUCCACCACAUCAAUUCCUAUUGCAAAGAUCGAAUGGCAUCCAUGGGGAGAAGCAGGUUCAACCCUCAUGGUCAUGACGGUCGAUGGCAAACUCAGAGAGUAUGAUAUUUCCGUGGAUACAGAAGAACCACAACAAGUUCUUUCAUUCCUUCCGGAGAAGAAACCUAAGUCAUUUAUAGCAGAAGACCCUGCAGAGCGCGAAAUCGCUUCGUUCACCCUUGGUAGGGGCAAAGCAGAUUGGGGGGACGUGUAUGGCAUAUGUCCGUACAUGCCUAAGAACGCGUCUGUUCCUUCCUCAUAUGUCCAUGCCUUGGAGUGCUUUAUCGCUGCUAAACAGGAAUUUCUUCUACAAGGAACUUCGACCUCUACUUCCGCUCUUUCCACUUUAUACGACUAUCAGAGGAAGUAUGUCUCCGCGCUUGUCAAGCAACUUCCCCCUGGGACCGUCUUUCCAGCCGUGUCUCGCCCAGUCCCCAUGCAUCUACCACACACAAUCAAGAGCGAGCCUCUACGUCAGGGGCCGUUCCUAUUGCAACCAUCACCGAGAACUUUGGAGGGAAGUGAAGGCGGCGAUGCUACGGAUAUAGCUUGUCUCGCGUUUACCAGCGAUGAUGACGAGGGGAACGAGGGUGAGACCGAACGCCUCGGAAUUGUGAUGAUUGCAUAUCAAGAUGGCAAGGUCGACGUUUGCCUAGACGUCGAGAAGGUCGAAGCGCGUUGGGAAAGCAAACAGGAGAGUUCACGUGAACUUCCUAUGUUUGCUGUCUAUGAGUCAGUUGAUUUGGGCCUCAUCUCGAUGCUCGGGGAACCUUCGACGGAAAGAAGCUCUUUAGAUCUCCUACAGGCUAACCACCCUGUGUUGUAUGGAGAUCCGAUGCAUGAUGACCGGGUCUACGUUGCUCAUGCAUUUGGCGUCCACGCACUUGACUUUGGGGAACUCUUGCAAUGCCUCUCAGCUGCCCUACGUGCGGAUGAUGAAAGAGGGAUCUUUGCUCCCACACAUGUAACCGCCGUAUUGGAUACGUUUUCAGUCCAACGGAGAUGUUCGAAACCCGUGAUUGCGAUAUGCGUACCCAAUGACAUUUUCUUGGCGUACAGUAUUCUCAUCCUGACUUCUGUCUUCCGUAUCAUAUGUCUCCCCCUUACUCUCCGCACCGACCUUUCUGCCUCACGCGAUUUGCAAGAUGCAGGGCCCGAACCAACCUCAGAGCAGGAUGGGGGAUUCCUGAUUCCGGUGGAAGGUCCACCCGCAUAUGUGUGUCUCCUUGAAGCUGAACCAUUCCAAAUACCCCCUAUGUUGUCCAGGCCGUCCGGUCUGCCGAGUUUCCCGCGCAUGUCUGUUGGCACAUCCAACUCGAAGAGCGAGUUCAUGCUCACACCUGACACUCUGCGCUACUUCGGGUCCGUCGUAGAGAGCUUUAUCGCCCAGAUCCGUGAGGUUAUCCUUGCUCACCGUGCAACCGAGACACGCGCAGCGCUUCAGGUGACGGAGUUCCAGAGGCAACAGGGAAAAGAAGUGGAGGAACUUCGAGGCCUGAGAUACGCUCACACUGAAGCGCGGGUGCAGAAGAUUAUGGAGUCGCACAAAUCGUUGACAGCCAGAUUAGAUCGGACCCUUCAAUUGCUGAUGCAACAAGCAUCUCCGGACUUGAGUGAAUCGGAGACCAAAUGGUUCGAAGAGCUCAGAAGAAUGAGAGCAGAGGUUUUUGGUGCCGGACGGUAUGAUGAGGGUUCUUUAGCUGCACGUAUAUCGCUGCUGAAACGAGAAUACGAGCGUAACAUGUCGAACUUGAAAAAUAUGGCGGAAAAAGAAUCACAGCGCAGGAAGCAAUUCGCCGAAAGUUCUCAGUUGCUUGGUAUCUCCCAGGCAUUUGAGCUCGGAGAACGUUCACACUUGGAGCGUACGAAAAUAUCAGAACUAGAGAAGGUUGUCGCGCAAAUGGCAUCAAAGUUGGAUCUGUCGAUCGGACGGCCCCCGUCAGAACUCAGUGUUUCCGACUCAGACUUCUGAUAUGUUUCUGUACCACAACCAAAAGAGUGUAGAAUAUGGUUCCUGUGUCGACGUUGGGUGGUGUAAACUACUAUAGCCGCGCUGAGUCUGCGUAUUAAUGUAGCCAGUUACUUGUCUAGUCUCUUUAGGGGUG